AUGUCGACAACCGACAAGCCCGAAAUAUCCUUUGUCGACGACAGGGACGACGAUACCCGGUCCGACUCGGAGAAGGCGCUUGUAGUGCGCAUAAUCGACGAUGUGCGCGCUCUGGGGCUCAGCGAGGAUGAUGUCGAGUUUUAUGCCAAUUUCACGCCGGAGCAGCGCAAGACGACAAUUCGCAAAGUCGACGUCCGCUUGGUACCGAUGCUCGCGGUUCUCUACCUCAUUUCCCAUCUCGACCGCGCCAACAUUGGCAAUGCCAAGAUUGAAGGUCUGGCCAAGGACCUUGGGCUCAGCGGUGUGCAGUGGAACAUUGCCCUCAGUGUCUUCUUCGUUCCCUAUGUCCUUCUUGAGGUCCCUAGCAACAUUAUCCUCAAGAAGUUCAACCGUCCCUCCGUUUACCUCGGCACCCUCGUAACGAUAUGGGGCGUCAUCAUGACCUGCGUCUUUGAGGCCGGUUUCUACCCUGGCGCUGUUUACCUUUGCACUUUCUGGUACUUGCCUCGCGACCUCGAAGGCAUAUUCACCGUCGGCCUCGGCAUCGCCACCUUCUUCUUCCUCAUCGACCGCCCCUCGCUCAGCGGGAAGUGGCUCACGCCCGAAGAGAUCCGCUUCCUCGAGAUCCAGCACUUCAUCAAGCAGGGAGGCCGCUUCCAGGACGAGAAGCAGGAGGACAAGUUCAAGUGGCACGAUCUCAAGGCCGUUGUCACGAACUGGCGGCUGUACAUGCAGGCGUGGACGCUCCUCGCUACCUCGGCGUGCAGUUACGGUACCAAGUUCACGUUACCUACCAUCACGAAGGCCAUGGGCUUCAACAACACGGCCGCGCAGCUUAUGACGGUCCCGCCGUACUUUUGCGGUGCUGCCUCUGCCAUCUUCUUCGCUCGCCUGUCGGACAGAUACUACUGGCGCAUGCCCUUCGUCGCGAUCCCCAUGGGCCUCAUCACCAUCGGCUACGGCGUCAUCAUCUCCUUCAAGGGCGAUCUGUCCGGUAACAUCGCGGGAGCCAUGGUUGGCUUCAUCAUCACCUGCAUGGGCAUCUACCCCAUCCAGCCCGCGGGCUCCUCCUGGGCGGCGAACAACCUCGCUCCGGCCUCGCGCCGCGCUAUCGGCGUCGCCUUCAAUAUCUGCGUGGGCAACAUUGCUGGUAUCAUCGGCAGCUACAUGUACCUCGACAACGAGAAGCCCAAGUACUACACCGGUUUCGGCCUGUCGCUGGCGUUUGGCGGUAGCGGGUUGAUUGUUGCGCUGCUGCUGGAGUGGAGCUACAAGUGGGGGAAUGACAGGAAGGCCAAGAUGUCCGAGGAGGAGAUUGGGGCAAAGUACACGGAGCAGCAGCUUAUGGAUAAUGGGUUACAAGAGCCCUCACUUUAA